CAGAAAACAAAUGAUUUGCUACGCUGUAUUUCUAAUUUUCCUUGCACAAUUUGCAAAUGCCCAGGACAAGCCUUGUAUCGAUGAUCCGAAUGUAAAGUGCGAAGAUUUCAAGGAUGAUUGUGCUACAGAAAAAAUGAUCCCACUGCUGAAAGAGUCCUGUCCUGUGACCUGCAAGUUGUGCCCUCCGACAGAAGCCCCAACGACUCUUGCACCAUGUUUUGACGACAAAGACACCGACUGCGCUUCAUUCAAACAGUUCUGCAGUAACAGUAAGUACAUCCCAAUGCUGAAGUCAUUCUGCCCGGUGACGUGCAACAUGUGCCCGGGAGCAACUACUGUCAUGCCAACCCCAAACCCUAAUUGUCAGGACAAUGGACCAAACUGUGCCGGUUGGGUGAAAAACGGAUACUGCAACAAAUGCUUCUACAAAUGCUCCGAACGUGAGAAGUACUGUGCAAAGUCGUGCGGGUUCUGCACGCCGGGAACAUGCAAGGAUUGUAAUAGUCUUGAAACGUUGUUCAGUUUUGGAGCCAACAAGCUUCUUUGAAUAAAUCUUUUUAUUUU